CCCUCUUUCUUCAGUUUCACCCAGAGCCUUGACGAGGAAUAAGGUAAAUCGUCUCUUCCGUAAAUUUGUGCAAUAAAUCGUCAAGAUGGCCGGCGUAGACGAAAGACAAGCUUUUGCCAAACUCGAAGCACUCAAAGACAUUCGAACAAAGACGAUUUGUCUUGAAAAAACGCGAAUUUCUCUUCUGUGCGACGUGGCCCAGUUGGAAGAGGAGGAUAGAUGCUUGGAGGAGUACAGGAGGGAGCUCGAGCUCCUUCAGCAAGAGAAGAUGGCACAUGUUGAAGAGUUGAGGCAGAUACACGCCGAUAUAAAUGCCAUGGAUACAAUUAUAAAACAGGCGGAGGAAUCCAGGCGAUUAUCACAGGAAAAUGCGCGAAAGCUUCUCUCCGAAUAUGUUCCACUGAGUCAGGAUGUAAACCGGAUGAGAACAGAUCUGCUAGACCUGGACCGGCUCCCGGAUAUCCCGGAAGAGGAGAAGGAUCGCUUGAAAGCAGCCGGGAUCUUAGAGAAGGAUAAAUCCCUAAACGAUCCCUGGCCAAAACCCCUCCAUAGGGAUCCUAGGGAUCAGGAUCAUAUAAUAUCUAGUUCUCUCUCCCUCCCUCCGCCCCAGCACAAUCCAUUCUUUUCAAUGGCGGGUCAACCGUCCCCGCUGUUCGGAUCUUUAGGAUUAUCCAAGGCGGGAUUCUGCCCGCCGUCCAGUAUGGGUCAACUUCCCAACCCCCCUCCGUUUCGAUAUCAACAACAACCGCCGCCGAUGAAAUCUUGUCUUAGCUGUCAUCAGCAAAUACAUAGGAAUGCUCCAAUAUGUCCGCUGUGUAAAGCUAAAUCAAGAUCAAGAAAUCCCAAGAAACCGAAGAAAAAAGAAUAAAUUUACAGAAUAUACAUUUACAUGUCAGUUUCCCUGAUUUAUUUACCUAUUUAUUUGUCAAAUAUUUAUAUAUAAAUAAAUAAACCUUAGAAUAGA